AUUACGACCGAUAUUAUCGAUGCCGACCCACAAGAGGAGUUGCAGAACAAAAUAAGAGUUGCUAGCCGACAAUGUGACGUUGCCGCCGGCUCCCGACAAAACGAUUAGCCGCCAUUUUGAUUUAGCAUAGACAAUCUGUGUUGACAUAAUUCCAAGAUGGCGCUGCUGUACAUUCUUCUCGCCGUGGCCUCUUCGGCGCUGGCGCAGUCCAACUACGACCAGCAGGCCAACAGCAUCCUCUACCAGGGCGAGGGGCUGCCUGAACAAACUGUAUUGGACGGCAAGGUCACAAAACUGGACGACCUGAGCCCCGUCAUCUUCUUGAACCGGACGAAGGCGGCCCUGAACUGCGCUGCUGGAUCUAUGCAGAUCGAACUAAAAUUCAACGAGAAAUUCUACGGCAUCGCGUACGCGGACUUCGACCGUCACUCAGCUUGCCAGGUUGUGGGCAAGGGUGCGACUUCGUACAAGCUCGAGCUGCCACUGAAAGGAUGUGGGACCAGACAGGAUCCCCUCCGCGUCUUCACCAACAAUAUCGUGGUCCGCUUCCACCCUGGCCUGGAGAUGGACGGAGACGAAGUCAUCACCAUCGUCUGCCGAUACCCACCGCCGAUCGUCCCGCCGCCACCGAUCUCCGAACCUCGCAUCAAUCCAAUACCCGAGAAGCCAAUACCAGUCGCGGCGCCGCUCGCCGGCACCCAUAUCCUCAUGAUCAUCUGCGCAAUCUUGUUCCUAACCCUUCUGCUGCUGGGUCUGGGCGUGUCCUACCUGUGCUUGAGGAGGCGCGCGCUGCCCGCCCCGAGGAGGUUGAUCGAUGACUCCUCUGCUUCUAUCGUUAGCAGAGAAAGUAUACAAGAGGUGAAAAUCCCCCGCGCACACCCCGUCUACCCGCUCGCCGCGGAGGCCGAAAGCGCCAGCGUGGUCUCGGACACGAUACCGUCUGACUACCCGUCGGAGACCCCGAGCGAGGCCGAGCACGCGCACACCAACCAGGCGUUCAUGAUUGACGAGUACCAUAGCGAGGGUUACGGCGAAACGCACGAAACGACCACAUCUAACGGUCGCUUGCACGCAGCGCCGGCGUUCGACGUGCGCGUGCGCGUGCAGCGGCCGCCUGCACCACCGUCUCCACCCUCGACCUUGACGCCCACGGAGACCGACGGCGGCAGCGUCAGGCAAACCAUGAUACUAGAGGAGCAUGAACGCCAAGAGUCCGUCCGUACAGUAUCGCCCGUAGCGUUACCACUGCCCGCGCGUCAAGCUCACCUGCCGCCGCCCGCGCGCCCGCCCCGCCCCGCGCAGCUCUACUCGCAGGUCAGCAGGGACCGACAGGAAUGGGCACGGCGGCCGCGCUCCAUCGUCUCCCUCAACACGGAGAUGACGGACACGCAUUCGGUGACCGAGGUCACUGACCGGUCGCAUGCGAGGAUGUUCCAUAUCAAGAAGCCGCCGCCACCGCCACCAGUGACGAGCGCGCGUCUGGAGACGGAGGAACACGAGGUCCUGAUGGAGAGCCUCGAAGCCAUUCCUGAGACGCCUAUCCUUCCAGCCAGGAAACCGGAGAUCACGUCGCACGUGGUCGACGACGUGUUCCUGCGCACGAUCACCGAGAAGAAGACGAUUGAGGACAUAGAGCGGCACAAGAGGCUGGUCACUGAAUACAAACAGGUGCCCCCGCCGCCCCCGCAGUUCGACGUGACGAUCCGCAACCACACGCUGCCGGAGGCGCAAUGGGAGAACUUCUCCGACAUCAGCAGCGCGUCGGGCAUGACGCUCACGCCGAAGAUGGAACGAGUGCCUCUGUCACUGCCGCCGCAGAAAUAUAUCGGCAAAGGCGGCCCCGACCUGUUCUCCCCCGAACUCAUCAAGCAAUCCCAGUACCAGCCCUCCAACCUGCCGCUGCUGCCCGAGCUGCCACCAGCCCGCAACCCGCUGUAUCGUGACGAUGAUGAAGAUGUACCGGAGCCGGUGCCAGCACCCCCUGUUCCUCAGAACUGGAGCGUGCUCACUAGGGUGCUUAGCACUGAGGCGCAAGACGAGGUCCUCCAAGAGUCUGAGCGCGUGCACCGCCUCACACGCGAGGAGCGCCUCCGCUGGCGCGAGCUCAUCACUCACGAGUCCACACUUCGUCGCGAGCUGGCUCGCUCCUCCACUCGCGAGGAGUUCACCAGGGUGGCCCACGACCAUCGCUUCGCGCCGUUAUACAGCCCGCAUAAGUGGGAGGUCAUCAUACGAAUUCUGGCGCCUCCUCCGGAAAAACCCAAGAACCGCUACCGCAAGAAGAGCGAAUGGGACUCCCGUUCGCGCCGCAGCUCCCUGCCCACCCUCUACGAGUACGACAGCGACGCCACCUCCCUCCGCGAGCCGGGCCGCUCCCGGCGCUCCUCGUACCGCAGCGACCACGUUGACAUGAGGUCCAUGUCGGAGAUGAUGGUAGACUAUGCGCGGGAGGAAGCUGACAGCCACUCCGAGGUAUCCGCCGGCACACAGCUGGGCCGGUACUAUGACGAUGACAGCGAUUCCGAGCACCCCUUCCAUCAGAACCAGCCCUGGUCUCGUCACUCUCUUCAUCGAUCCGUGAGUCAGCCUUCCCUCGCCCGCUCGGCGACCGAGGUGGUGGAACAGUGGACCGCCCCGGAAGGCGAUGUCACGCCCAAGCCAGGCCGUCGCGUUAGAGGACCUCAAGGCUUGACAACAUUUACUUCAUCCGAAGUACGCACGUUCCAGGCCUCCAGGGAAUGGCGAGAGUAAAGAAACUUAAAAAAGGUCCAAAUUGUCCGUUAGGCGCCCACCAGAGUAUGCCAUAAGAAUAUUCAAAUAUUUGUAGCCUGUGAACACUAUGAAAAAUGUGGGCAAAUCCGUCCGAUGUACGUCUGUAAUUCCGGAAAUAGCUCCUAAUUCCAUCGUCAUAGUCUAUUUUCGAAAUAACUUGACAUUCGGUAGUGAUAUGGAUGUGCCCAAAUUUCAAGUUCAAAAAAGAGAUAGACAACUGAGUAAAUAAAUGUGAUUUGUAUGGGUCAUAUAUGACCCAAAAGAUAAAUUGUCAAAAGAAAUGUUAUGAUACGUGUUUGUUGUACGUUCUACUGUAUUUAUUAUUCUUAUGGUAGAUAAUUUUAAACGCAUUAUAAGCUCAAAAUAAUAUCUCAAUUUAAACUCACUGCCUUUUGAGAAAUGACUUAGUGUUUAGGUGUAUUAUUACGAUUCCGUCCAUUAUACAUUUAUAUUUAGAUAAUAAUAUACUUAAUUAAGACUUAAUAAAUUACCAGAUAUAUUGUACCAGUGAAUUUAAAGGUAUUUAAGUAUUUUUGAAACGCAUACUCGCAAAGUACGCAUUGAUAUUUUCGAAGCCUGCUUAAUAAGGCCAUACUGUAUUUUUACAAAACGUUUAUAUUGUAUAGAUUAUAAAAAUAUACAUAUUUAAAUACCAGUUACAUCGUCAGAAUUAAACUCACUUUAUUUUAAAGUGGUUUUCUAUAUUGACGAUAUGCACGUUUUUUUUGGCAAUAAUAUAAAUAAUGCUAUUUUAAUUAAGUAUAACAAUUAUUAUAGAUAAUAGUGUCUCAUUUUUUCGUACGUGAGAACGUGAAUCAACACAUUUUUACUAUAUUGUGAAGAAAAUAUAAGCGAUUUAUAUUAGUUAAUUUCAGAUUUUCCUUUAUAAUAUUUUGAUAUACAUUUACUAACAUUGUGCCAAAAUAAAAGGUUUAAAAAGCUUUUUAAUAUACCGGCUUAGGUUUAGUUAUUAAAUUGUACCUGUUAUUGUGUACAACGCUUUGCGAAUGAUUUAUUUGAUAAGUAGGUACGUCAAUUAAUUAGACAUGCUACCAACUACAAGUAAGCAAACAAUAGUAUCCUCCUAAGGCCCAGCCAUAGAAAUAAAAAAUCCAGAAUUUGUCACUGACAUUAGAACCUUUAGUGCAGGGAAUAGAGUUGGUUAUGGUUUUGUUUGAAAAUCGAACGAAACAAAACAAAUGCGACUCCGUUCCAAUUGAAUAUGAAAUUAAUAAGUACUAUAGGUAGGACCUUGGACCUUAGGAGGGUAUAGUUAUUCGAAAUUUACCUUACCCCUUUGACCGCCAACGACGUCCACUGACGCGUACGGUUACAGUGUAAUAUAGACCUACGUGCAUUCCAAUAAGGUUUACGAUGACGCGUUAUAUAUAACAGGCGUGGUGUUCAAAGGGUUGAACAAUCUCACAACUGUUCUACUAUUACUGCAUUAUAAACUUAAUGAAAUGUGGUGUUUAUUUUUUAUAAAAGUUAGUUGUAAAUAUAAUUUUAGAGGGAUGUUUAAGACCUAGCAGUGGAGGCAAGUCGCCAUAGUAAAAUUUUAAGGUUAUAUGCAUUUCGCGUCAACGGUUAGGUAUAUCGUUGUAUACUUUUAAUUAAUGAGACAUAUUUAUUUGGAAGACUAUAUGUGAUUUUUUUUCUACCAAAAUUUUAACGUAACUUUUGUUAUUAAUACUGCUUGCCAGAUCCCUGGCUAGCUAUUUUAUACUAAACUUAUACUGCUAUGGUAUGCAGGGUAACAAUAUGGUAUAAUAAAUGCAAUUUAGACAUGUUUUCGUGAUUUUGUUCUAUCAAAUAUUGCUCUUGCAAAUAUAGUCUAGUUUCCGUGUGAUUUUUUUCAUGGCAUUAACCCUUGAUUACAACGUGUAAAAAUCCAAUCAAAAAGUACAAUUUCGGUCGAAAUAACAAGAGUUUGGCAUAACAGUCUUAGGAAAAAAUCUUCCUUGAAAAAAUUUCAAUCAAAAAGUACAAUUAUCAUCGAAAAAACAAGAAGUUAGUAUAAAGCUUAGGAAAAAUCUCUUGCUUAUAAUGGUCAUCUGAAGUAGAUGUGCGCAUGCAUAUUUCCUUUGUAUUCUUGCCUCUGUUGCUACGUCAUAUGGGUUGUGGAACUGUUAAUGCAAGUUGUGCUCAAUUGAGGUUGUAGGUGUUUUACACGCGGAGCGUUGGACGCAUUUUAUAAAAAAAUCUAAGUCUAAGAUAAAUCUAUUUUCAUAAAGGUUUCACACCGGCUGCGUGUGCUAUUCUGCAUAGACGUGACGUGCGUGCGCUAAAACGCUGGAGCCGUGCACGAAACGUCACGCAAGCCAUGUGCCGUCUGUUAUAAGGAUCCGUAUAUUACAACGUGCACGUGCAUAUAUUCUCAUGUUUGGGUUUGUACAGUAAAAUAUGUCGAACAAAUAAAGCGAUACCAUUUAUUUACAAUUGUGAAUUUUUUUAAAAAUAUGUGAAAAAUGCGUUCAAGGCUUCUCAAUAAGGUUGUGUUACAAACACAAGUUUAUAUCACUAGAAACCGAACCGAAUCGUGUAUUAUACGGUUUUUGAUUUCAAUACAUAAAUAUGGUCAUUGGUAGACGUUCGAGUGCCCGUCACUGCCCUAAUACAUGUCAUUUUUAAACUUAAGAGUGUCGAAACCGCCGCUAAAAUCUCGCUCCCAUACAAUUGAAGUUACGCUCCCAAUUAAAACUUUUGCAUUAAUUACACGAAACAUUGCAUGAACAUUUCCUUAACAUUUAACUAUCUGGUACUAGUUUUCUAAGCUAAAAUUUCUUAUACAUAUAUGUACUUAAAGAAAAUAGAGCAAGUAGGUAGAAGUUUUGUAGGUAUUUUAAACUUUUAUUCGCUGUAAUUUCUGUCUAUUACAAUCUCUAAAAACUAGUACAAACAGCAACACGCCUAACUGUAUGUACAUCAUUGGACCUUAUUACAAAAGGCAUCAGGUCCACCGAUGUACAGUUACCACUGUGGGCGAUGGUACCAGUCAUGUUACUGGAAUAUUCAUGUCAAAUUUCAUGUUUCAUGUCAAUAUGAGAGCGUCAUUUAGAUUGUAUGACUCUUAAGUAAUAUAGAGGUGGCAGUAGGGUGUCAUCUUUUGGGCAUUAACAUGUCAAGCACGAGUACGUUUACCUUACAUUUAACGUAAGGCGGGGUAAGACGAACAUAGUUUAUUUCGCUCGGGGCUAGAUAAACAGUAUGAGGAUUCCAUACAAGUGUUAGUCUUGCUAGUGACAGUCUUACCCCACCUUACCUUAUAGUUGAAAUAAAUAUUCAUGCAAUCAGCUUAGCUGAUAUAUUUUAAUUCAUUCCAAUUGCUGUCGCUUUUGGUUUGCAAUUAAAUGUAAGUAAGUUUUAAAUACGGAUUUUGAUAUAUAAUCAAGUGGUGCUACGAGACAAUAUGUUUUACGGUUUAAUUGUAGUAUAUUAACCUACUGAUCGAUUAUUUUGGUAAUCUUCAAUAUACGUACCUUAACAAUUA